AGCAGCGGCGGAGGCGGCUCCGGCGGCGCGGCCUGAGGCGCUGGGCCCAGCGCUCCCGCUCGCUCCGGGCGGCCCCGGCGGCCUCAGCGUCCCCCGUUCCCUCCGCGCCCACCCCCCGGGGGCGGCACGAACCCGCCGGGAAGAUGUCCCGGCCCGUCAGGAACAGGAAGGUGGUCGAUUACUCCCAGUUUCAGGAAUCAGAUGAUGCUGAUGAAGAUUAUGGAAGAGAUUCAGGGCCCCCAUCCAAGAAAAUCCGCUCGUCUCCCCGAGAGGCCAAAAAUAAGAGGAGAUCUGGGAAGAAUUCUCAGGAGGACAGUGAGGAUUCAGAAGACAAAGAUGUGAAGACUAAGAAAGACGAUUCACACUCAGCAGAUGAAGAUUUUGGCAGUGAAGAUGAUGAUAUAGGAGCAGAUGAUGGCAAGGCUGACAGUGACUAUGAGAGCUCUCAAAAAAGCAAAAAAGGAAAAAAGGCUAAACCGGACAAGAAUAAGAGAGCAGCCUCCAAAUCCAGGAAAAGGCCUGCAGAGGACAGCGAGGAUGAGAAGGAGGAUCACAAAAACGUCCGUCAGCAGCGACAGGCGGCGUCCAAAGCAGCUUCCAAACAGCGGGAGAUGCUCAUGGAUGACGUGGGGAGCGAGGAGGAAGAGCAGGAGGAUGAUGAGGCCCAGUUCCAGGAGACAGAUUCAGGAAGUGAUGAAGACUUCCUCAUGGAAGAUGAUGAUGACAGUGAUUAUGGCAGUUCAAAAAAGAAGAAUAAGAAGGUCUCCAAGAAAUCCAAGCCAGAGAGGAAAGAAAAGAAAAUGCCCAAGCCCAGGCUAAAGGCUACAGUGACCCCCAGUCCAGUGAAAGGCAAAGGGAAGGGAGGUCGCCCCACAGCCUCCAAGGCAACGAAAGAAAAGACCCCAUCCCCCAAAGAAGAGGAUGAAGAGCCUGAAAGCCCCCCAGAAAAGAAAAAAUCAGCCAGCCCUCCACCAGAGAAGUCAGGGGAUGAGGGAUCUGAAGAUGAAGCACCCUCUGGUGAAGAUUAAAUGGCAGUUGAGGAAAUCUUUGGUUAAAAAAAAAAAAGAGAAAAAAAAAAAGAAAAAGGAAAAGAAAAACAUACUUUUAGGGGUAGAACACGGUUUUGGCUGUGGCUUGACUCAUGGGCUUUGAAUGCUGUCUUUACUUUCAGCUGUUUAAUACAGUGUAUCCUUUUUUAAUAAGAGGAAACCCUUAUACAGUGAUAUUUUGAAGUCAAUGUUCUCUGUUGGCCAUUCCGUUCUCCCUCCCCCAGCAAAUCUGAAAGCCAUUUGAGACACAUUAACAGACCAUUAAAUAUAUUUUUUUUUUCCAAGGGAUAUUGCAGUUGUGAAGCAAUAAGGUUUGAGGACUGAUAUGUGGAAACCAUACUUACAAAUCCUUAAGUAGAAUAGAUUUUUCCCAGUGCUGGUAAAGAGUUGUUUUAAAACUAUUAUUCUGUAUUUGAAUAUAUGGAGAGAAAAGAAAAAAAAAAAAGAACCUAUGCUUUAACAGACUUUUGUUGAGACAAGCUCACUCUCAGAAAAAAAUGUAGUUGAUAUAAUUCCAGUGGAGGAAAAGGAGAUACAGGGAGGAAACCUGUAUUCCUUGGAUUCAGGCACGUUUUUCAUGGAAAGCAAUCAAGAGACCCAGAGAUGGUCCAAUGUCUUUGAUUUAGAAAAGACCCUCCAAUUAGGAUGGGAGAUUUUUAAUUUUUUUUUUGUCUUUGCUGGAUAGAAAACUGUUCUGCUGUAGGCAAAUUGCAGCCCAUUCUGUACAAACCCAGAUAUACAACUUACAAGCUUCCCACAUCAAUUAACUCCACUUUACUUCUUCAGGGUUGGCUGUAGAUGGGCAGAAUAAGGAAGAGAAAUUACAAACCACUUCUGAAACCGGUUUCCAUUUGGUCUUGUGGAAAAUGUCAUUAAGAGUUUUUUUCCAAGGAGAAAAAAAAAAAAAAAAUGGGUAGUGUAAAACUGAAAUCCUUUAGGUUUUGGGGCGAGGGAUGUCCGUCUGUAAAUGUGAAGCAAAGGAUUCCGUAGUGCUCUGGUCAGUCUUGGAUCCCAUGAGUCAGGCUUUAGUGUUUCUCUUCUCUCCCUCCAUCUGUCCUCAGAGAAGCUCCAGGGGGAUCCCUCAGCCCCUGCAGCUGCAGCGUGGGACAGCAGGCAGUGACCAUCCCCACCACCAACCCAUUCCAUCCACAGCCCCCCGAGCCUGGGCAGGGCUGCCUGGGGAGCUGGUGAGGGAUGGAGCUGGCAGGAAGGGGAGUGUUGGAAGCAGGACUGUUUUAGAAGGAGAGCAGGAGGCCCCUCUAAAUGCAAGACACUCAAAAUGUGUGUGGUGGCAUUUUAAUGUGCUUUUAUCAAAGCAGCCACGUCCUUUCUUGUUGGGUUUUUUAUUUUUUUUUUGUUGUUGUUUAUUUUUUAACCUCCAUUGAACUACACAAGCCUUGGUUUUCAAACCCUGAUAACAGAGGUUGCUGCCAUGUUUGUUGGUGGAAAUAUUUCAAAACUGGACCUGCCAUUUUUCUUUCUUUUUGUUUUUUUUUGUUCCCUUUAAACCCUUUGUGCUUCUGUACGUUGCUCACAGUUAUCUUCCAGCUGACAAGCUUUGCAUCCUAUUUUUUUGGUUGUUUUUUUUUUUUUGUCACAGAACUACACCUUUUAUAACCAGCCUCUUGAAGGUGUAACAUAAGGCAGCUAAUUAGUUGGAUUUCUGGUAGCACAUGCUACCAGAUUCGUAAUCCUGUUUGGAUUUUAGAGAGCUCUUAGAUGUCAUACACUAAUAUGAUCAGGAAGGACACUUGGCUGAACCCCUAGUGAGCCUGAGGAUGCCUCAGAUUGGGGAGUGGAAUAUUAAUGCAGCAGCCGAGUGGUUUGUCUUGUGUGGUUCAUAGCCCUGGUUUUUAUUGAGGCUGGUAAAUUACUUUACCUUGGCUUAUAAAAAAUUUCAAGUUCUCUUAACGUUCUUUCCUCUCAUGAAACUACUGUUGCCGUUACAAUAAAGAUGAUCGUUGUUUCGAUUGUAAAUCUUUCAUUUUUGAAGUGGUUCCACUUUCCAAGAGCAGCUUCCAGGCCUGGAGCGAAGCCCCAAUCUCGAGAAAGAAGUGAAUUUAAUCCCCUCUCCUCUCCCAGCUCCUCUUCCCUGAUUUCUGGGAGAGCAGAGCCUCUUGCAUUCCCUCUGCUCCUAGUCCUGCGCUUCCUGGGGAAUAUGGGAAAAAUAAAUGGCCAUAUUUUAACAAUUUUGGGGGGAGCAAACACUCCUGUCAGUGUUUGCUUUGCAGAGUUGUUCCCCUUCAAUGCAGAUCGUGUUUCAAGCUACUCUUGACCGUUGGGUUCUUAGGGGGCUUUUUGGUAUUAAAAUGUGCAAGGAUUAUAUUGCAGUUCAUGUGGUCAAACAGCCGGUUCUUCACCUGCUAUAGAUCUUUUCAGAAGAGUGUAUUUUGUAAGUUCUGCUUAAAAUAUGUAUUUUUGGGGUCUUUUUUUUUUUUUGGGACUGGAUUGUUUUAUGCCUGGCAAGUUUGGCCCCUCAUCUCACAGGACUGUUCUUUUUUUCCCCCUCACACACUCAUUUCUUGUGGCUGUUCCACGGUGCUGAUUUUCUGAGUUUAUCACAUCCCGAACACGAUGCAAAUCCCGUGCUUUGGGGAUUUUGUAACUUUUUUCUAAAUCUAACUGUUCUGAUUUAUGCCAACACUAAGCCCUGAUGGUCUCUUGGCUGCUCUGUUAGAAACACAGCCCUUUACAUUCAUAUUUUUAUGAUUUUCAAUUAUUUUUAGCACACACCAUUUUCCAGUAGCAGCAGCUUCAUGUUUUUCCAUGUCCUUUCUUAAUUAAUUAGUGUUCAGCAUUCUGAUUUCUCAAAGGAAAGCUGUGCAAAUGCCUUUCUUUGGGAGCACACAUGGUUCUCCCUGGAGCAGAAACUUUUCAUUCACAGGAGGCUUUGAAAAUCUUCACUUGCACAGCUGUAGUUUUGGAGCCUCUGCAGAGAGGUAAAUGGAUUUAUCCCAAAGUUUAGUCGAGGCUUGAGUCCUGCCCUGACCUCACCAUUAAAAAAUAGCAGUUUAUAACUUGUAUUGUGAUUUCUUUUGGACGUUCUAAAUCCACACCACCACGUUGAGUUUUGCAGUUCAUGCCAACAGUCCUGCCUUGGAGAAGGUUUGGUCAGUCAGAAGUGGCAGUUUCAGUUGGAAUUUUGGGUUGAAGGUGAUUUUGCUGCAGUUUCUGAUCAGCAUCAGAGUGCCCACCACGCUGAGCUGAGCGGGUUUCUGAGUGGACUGUGGGGGAGAGCCUGAGAAAAAUGGGGCAGCUGAGAGGCUUUGAAUUCUGUUUUAACUUCAUCAGAGCAGAGGAGUGAGAGGGGAGAGAAGCAGCACACCUUGGGUGACACCAGUGCCAGGUAAUGGUUCUGAGCCUGCUCAGCUCCUGUGCCAGCACAGGAGGUGAUGGACAACCAGGGACAGUGGCAGAAGAUGUGCUGGAAUUCCUGGUUUUUUUCCUUUUUCCCUUUUUUUUUUUUUCCCUCCGCUGGUGAUGGUCACAAAGGUACAAUUAGACACUGAGGCACCCAGGUUAAGGAGGGGGAGGGAAGCAAACUGUAACAUGCUGGAAGCUUUUGAGCUGUAGAAACUGGUGCUUUGCUUUUAUGUAAUUUGUUUGUGGAGUGUUUAUUUUUAUAACAGAUCAUAUUGUUAAACACAUGGUUCUUAAAACCUACAAACUGAUCCGAGAGUUUUAAUAUUUGGUUGAGAAGUGGACGUUCAUCUGUUGGGGGGAGGCAGGAUGUGAAAAUGAAGCAGGUGGAUAUUUAAAGGGACACUGUCACGAGGUAGUUGCUGGCAUAGAGGAGAUGUUAGUUUUGGGGAGGGGGGUGACAUCUAUAUGUGGAAAUUUAUAUAUUCUAUAUGUAUAUGAUCAAAUAGAAAAAAAAAAAAAUGUUCCCUGAGCUUUUUGAGUAUUUUCCUUACAGUUCUGGGAGGUUCAAAUGGCAGUUCUAAUCGAGUAGGAAGCAGCAGUAACUGUUCUGUUCUUAACUGUCCCAGGUGGCUCCUUGUUCCUUGAGUGCUCUGAGGAGCAUCAGAGCUCCGAGAGCCAACCGUGCCCUCCGAGCCCUCCCCCCAAACCCAGUGUGCCCUCAUUCCAGACUCCCCCCACUCCACUAGUUGACUGGCAUUUGAAUGUCUUUUCAUGGAACUCUUUCUACUAAAAAAAACCCACAACUCUUUCUAAGUCUAGUCAAGUCCUGCCACGUGCUAACUGUCUCAACCACUGUCGGCCCCGACUCAGCCUUCCUGCCCCUGCAGCCGGCCCAGCAUGCUCAGUGUGACUGCAAACCACCCUUGUGCAUAUGCUUUGUAUAUUGGGGCGAGGGGGUUUUUUUAUAUAUAUAUUUUGGGAGGGGGUGGGGGUAGCGGGUGGGAUGGAGGAAAUCCCUCAAAUCAGCUUAAGCCAGACUUAAAUGUGUGUAAAAGCCCCCGAGGUCUGUGGUGUGUGAGUGCGCGGGUGUGAGUGCGUGCCUGGGAGCGUCUGACAUCUGAUCCCCUUUGUGUUCACGAGGUUUGUGAGUUUGACUUGCUUUUUAUUUUUUAAUUUUUUCCCUUUUUUUUUUGUUUUUGUUUUGUUUUGUUUGUUUCUGUUUUUCCUCUCCUGCAGAAGCAAUUGUUACGAAAUUAAAGUUGUAAAUAAGAGCUACGUUAAUUUCCCGUUCUAACAUCGCGUCACAGCAAACCCCUGAAUAAAUCAGUGGGAAGGUAGAGGAGGAGACUCCAGGUAGGGCCUUGGGCAAGGCAUCGUUCUGUGGUAUGCAAUGAAUAUUUGUCUCGAGUAUUUGCAAUCCCCUGCUGAGCUUUGCUAAAAAUCAGGCUCUUUGCAGUUCCCCUCCCCAUCCUUUUUAAUUAUUUUUGUCGUUGUUGUUGAUCUCAAGAGCAGACAGAAAAGGGGCAGCUGCAAACAGUCACCUCUGGGCCCAGUGGGGUUGGCAACUCUUGCAAUACCUUGACAACACUGAGAUAAGCAUGGUACUAGGAGUUAAGUCUGAAUGUAACAUUAAUGCUUUAUUUAAAAUAAAAAAUGAACCCCACACUUUCUUCUCGGUUUUUGUUUUUUCAAGGGGUUGAAGUGAACAUGACUGUCGCCCAUGUCCGUGAAUUUAUAGAUGCAACAUUCAUUGGUAGAAUUGUGUGAUGGUCUUUUGUGCUACUUAAUUUUACAUAUUCCAGUCUCUGUAUGUACCUGCAAAGAAAGAAAGAAAAAAAAAAUUAACAAAACCCUGCUUUGCUUUUAUUGAAAGGGUUCCCAGGACUGCAUACCUGCUCCUGAGCUCUGUUUUAAGUAUGUGUAUCCUUCGCUUGUAUUUUGUAUUAAAAAAAGGAAGAAAAAAAACAACAAAAAAAAAAACCACGAGGAAAAAGAACCCUUUUAUUGUUCAGCAUGUUGGAAUUGUGUCCCCUCUUUUAUUUUUCUCCUUUUUGGAAUAUAUUAAGCAACUCAUUCUUCUGUAUCUUUUAUUUUCUUUUGUAAACUUUUUGGUUUUGUUUAAAAAUGGCUUUAUAAAAGGGCUUUUAUAACCCA